AUGACCGAUGUCCAGAGAUUUGGUAUGGGUGGCUCUUCACCUAAGGUUUAUAGCUUUGGUCCUCCUUUUCAUAGUGUUGGCCAGGUUUUUGGCAACUUCAUCCUUUUAUCCAUCUUUAUAAGUUUGGUUGGUUACUCUGCGACAAGGAUUGAAAAUUCGGGUGAUGUUGGUGUCCCUCUUAACAAACCUAUGAAGACUGGUUGA